AUGCGGCUCAGGAGCGGAACGAGAGACUUCCUGUUCCGCUUGAACCACACAACACAAGUUCUGGACCCUGGCGUAUGGUUCGCCUCCAAGUCGCCUUCUUAUGGGUCGAGGCAUCGCAUCCCGCCCUCAGGCACAGCCUCCUCCGGUGUUCAAGUGAUCCGGCCGUUCUCCAACACAGGAACACGUGAUUUUCGUGAUCAAAAUUCGUUCACCCCCAUGGAGGUUUGUGACUAUAUCGAGUUCGGUCUCCCCGGAUCUGUGCUGUACCGGGAAUUUCUCCUAUCCGGACCUCCCGCUUCGGCCAUCACCGCACCCAGCGUCGGUACCGCGUCCACCAAGCCUUCCAUCGUUCAGUCUGGGCGAGAUCUCGAGGACACCACGAUCCUCCACCCAAUCUCCACGUGGAAUGACAUUCCGAUUCGCCCUGCUGACUCCGCUUUAUCGCACGGCGGCGGUGGCGGCUGUGCUCUUGAAGAGGCGGGCCUGGCUGGGUUAAUGAUGGGCGACAGCAUUGCUAUGACAUGCUCCUGCCGCCAAGACGACAACAUCGGAGGGGAUCCCCAGUCUGGAUUGGGCGAUAUUUGUAAGUCGUGCGACAAGGCAUGCGACAACACUGGCAAAAAUGCGGGCUGCGACGCGGCGACAUGCUCGACCACGUGCGACAAGCAUGCGCCAUUGGAGGUGAUCGAAAUCGGACGCGGAGAGGCUCGAGUGGGGCAGGUGUAUGCGGUGAAGCCGCUGCUCGCGUUCCUCGUCUUCAGCCCCGAUAUGAAAUCCUCGUGGAAGAUCGUGGCCGUCAAUUCGUCGGAUCCGAUGGCUGCGGCGCUGCUUGACUCGCGAAAUGGUUACCCGAUUUGGUUGGAGGCGAAGCUGCGCGAAAUCGUGGAGUGGCUCAAGUACUACAAGUGCAACACCGUGUGUAAGUGGAACCUCCACUCUGAGCAAACGGCGUCCGCUGCUCUCACCAACGCCAUCUCUGAAUUCGCACGCGUGCCCUUCGCCCAACCUGCAUCUGCGACUGCCGCCGCUGCUGAUGGCGCUUCUGUUGCCGAGCCUGUCGGGCAACAGGCUCGGAAGGAACGCCGGUUCCGAAGGUCAGGCUCGGAACCGGGCUGGUACAGCAUGCGAAAGAAGGAGCUCGCAAUUAAAAUCGACGAGCGAGCGGAUGAUGCAAGUGAGAGUGAUGGUGGGAGUGGGGGGUGGGAGAGAGGAGACGAAGGAUGGCAGGAGUAUGAUGAUGCGGAGCAACAGCAGAAGCAGCAGGCGCAGCAGCAAGGAAACCCGCAGCAGGAGGGGAGGAGGAUGACGAGGCACUGGCGAUCAUCCUCGUGCUGUGCUCUCGAGAUUCCCACCGGAAUGCUCCUGGACUCCCCCUCCCCCUUGCAUCGCUCCUCCUCUUCCCACCUCCGCCAACCACUCACCCCCUCCCCCUUGACUCGCUCCGCCUCCACUUUCCUGCGCCAAACCCUCACGCCCUUCCCUUUGCCGCGGCCCCCUAUGCAUCCUCUCACCCCUCGCCGCCACCUGCGUGCCUUCUCGCUCUCCUCGUCCUCCUCCCAGAAACAGGCGGGCUCGGAAUCCGUGUUUUGCGACCUUUUAGAGUCGGAUCAAGUGGUGGGUGAAGAGGAGUGUAGAGCGGUGGAUCAAGCGUCCAAGGACAGCCCAGCAGCCGUGCAGAGAGGCUGUCACGGCCGAUCACGCAGCAGCAUCAGCUUCAGCAUCAGUGAGACCAACACUGACACUGGUGCUUGUGUUAGUGGGAAUCGCAACGCAGUCCGCAGCAGCAGCAGCAGCAGCAGCAGCAUGAGCAGCAGCAGCCACCGUAUGGCUCGAUCUUCUACCCUUCACGUCCUCAUCCCCCCUCCUCUCUUAGACGCUUCACCCUCAACCCCUCCCCCAACGAUCCCCUCCGCUUCUCCUAAUUCCAUUUACCCUCCCUUGAAACCUCCCCCUGGGAUGGCUUCUCCCUCGCUCUCUACCCUGCCUUCUCCCAUGCCUGCUGAGAAAGUAGGCAGGUACGACUUCCGCCGGUCCAUGUCCGCUCACACCGUACGGGACUCUCAAACACCACCUGGGAGGGUUGGGAAGCUUGAACGGUCUGGCAAAUCGGGAGGGCUUGACGCAGAUCUGCUGCCUGAUACACCGAGAGAGCGUGCUGGAGUGCCCAAGUCGCCACAGGCAGGAACUGAUCUUUCCAGAAACUCAAAGGGACGCAGCGGCCUGCCGAAAACGCCGAGAACUCCCAACACGCCGAAGACACCAAAAACACCAAAAACACCCAGCACUUUCAAUGUGCCAAAGACGCCGAGAAUGCCGAGAACGGCUGGAGAAGAUAGCUCCUUGCACAAGUCGCCAAGAGCAAGGAAUGAUCUGCCCAAGACCCCCACGGCAGGCAACGAGGUGCCCAAGACCGUGUUAAGGGCACGAACUGAUCUGGGGCUGAUUACUGCACGGGCACACAAUCAGCUGGGAGUGAUGGCCCCAAUGGAGCAAACGAAGCUGCCCCAGCCUCCUGAAGCUGCCUCUGGUGCUGCUGGUGGUUCUGGUGGUAAUGGUGGUGACGCUGGUGCUGGCGGUGGUGAUGCUGCUGGUGAUGUUAGUGCCGUAAGUCAAAGGGACGGCAGCAGUGCGUCACUGAAGCAGACAGCAGGCGGCGGUGGUGAGAAGGGUAGCAGCAAGAGCAGAAUGCUGAAAGCAGUUUGGGAAGAGCGGGAGAAAAGGCCAGAGUAA